UUGACCAUGCAGAUUCAAAUAUAGCUUUAAGUACUCGAAUUUUUAAAUUUCAACUUCAAAAUCCAUGGCCGGAAGCUAAACUUUGUGCUUUGAGCAUUGAAACCACUGCUUAACAUCCAAAUGAAGAUAUCAACCAGAAAGCUCAUAUCUUUAACGCACCCUUCUCUCAAUCUUUGGCAUCCAACUGUCGAUUGUUUCACUUGGAAUACUCUCAUCAGAGCCUAUGUUCAACGAACUCAUCAACCUUCAAGCCCCAUCCAUACCCCACUCUCCAUCUUCCUCCGAAUGCGCUUCCAUGGCGUCCAUAUUGAUUACUACACCUUCCCUUUUCUCCUCCAGUCAGUCCAUUCUCCACCACACCUCCAAUUGGGACGAUCCAUUCACUCACAGGUUCUUGUUUUUGGUUUUUCAUCCGACCCGUUUGUCCAAACUUCGUUGAUCAGUAUGUACACUGCUUGUGGCGAUGUGGGGUCUGCACGAGAUGUGUUUGAUGAAAUGUCUCAACCGGAUUUGCCUGCGUGGAAUUCUAUUGUUAAUGCGAACGUGAAAGCGGGUUUGCUUAGUGUUGCGCGUGAACUGUUUGUUAAAAUGCCAAGCAGAAAUGUUGUAUCUUGGAGUAGUAUGUUGGAUGGUUAUGUGAGGUGGGGUAAGUGUGAAGAAGCAUUGGAGUUGUUUAAUGAGAUGAUAAAAGAAAAUGAGGUUAUGCCUAAUGAGUAUACCAUGGCUAUUUUGCUUGCGGCGUGUGAGCAGUUGGGUUCACUUGAACAUGGGAAAUGGGCUCAUGCUUGUGUUUACAAACUCGGGAUGGAGAUUAAUGUUGUUCUUGGGACUUCGUUGAUUGAAAUGUACGCUAAAUGUGGGAGUAUAGUCCGGGCAAGAUUAGUUUUUGAAAAUUUGGGUCCAAAGAAGGAUGUAAUGGCUUGGAGUGCCAUGAUCUCAGGUCUUGCUAUGCAUGGACACUGGGAAGAUUGUCUCUGUUUGUUUUCAAAUAUGGUUGACAGCGGAGUAAUGCCUGAUGAUAUCACGUUCUUAGGUGUUCUUUCUGCUUGUGUACAUGGAGGAUUGGUGAGCCAAGGGAAGGAAAUGUUUGAGAGGAUGAGUAAAGAGUUUGGUAUUUCGCCUUCAGUUCAGCAUUAUGGUUGUAUGAUUGACCUUUAUGGCAAGGCUGGUUUGAUUGAUGAAGCGUGGAAUCUUCUGAAUACAAUGCCUAUGGAGCCAGAUGUGCUUAUUUGGGGAGCUCUUCUUAGUGGAGCCAGGAUAUGUGGAGAUAUUGAAACAUGUGAGAUUGCACUCAACAAAAUAAUAGAGCAAGAUCCCACAAAUAGUGCAGCUUAUGUUCUUCUCUCCAAUGUCUACGCUAAGAUGGGUCGGUGGAAAGAUGCUAGGGACAUCAGAAACGUUAUGGAGACAAAUAAGGUACAGAAAGUUCCUGGGCGUAGUUCCAUAGAGGUCAAUUCAAAUAUCCAGUAGAACUAGUUUACGUUGAAAUGAGUAUCAGGCAGGCACUAGUAAAUCAUGUGAUGCUCAAGGAUACUCUGCGCGGGUUCAAGAUGGACGGUUUUAUGCAGACAUUACACAAGGUACUGCUAAAUUUGAAUGAGGAAUGAAAGAAUUUAGCAGUUUUCACUUCAUUAUAAGAACAUGGCAAUUUGAAUUCUCCGUGCUAAUACUGUAACAUGGUUUGGAUAUGCCCAGUAAAAACGUCAGGCAUGCACCGUGCAGGUGGUGGUAAUGUUGCAGUAUAAAUUACCUCAAGGACUGCUUGUGGAGUUGUGGUCGAGAUUGUUGUGACACAUCGGAAGAAUCUUCUUGUAGUGAGUGGUGGUAACUGACCUUGUCACUGAAUUUUGAUUGGGAAUCUCUUCCUUUUAGGCUCAGAAGCUUACAAACUCAUCUGACCUGUAUUAUGAAUCAAUGAAUAUGUGCUCCAAUUCGUUUCACAACAAAAGGAAGAAGCUAGUUGCGGAAGCAACUUGUAAGUCAAGUUUGCAAAAGUAGAGCCGAGACACCAUGAUUUGCCUACCAAAAAAGAGACUCCUCAUACAUCAUCCAUCAAUCACUUGGUGGUUGCUAAAUUUCUAGUUUGUGUUUGGUGAACAUGUCAUUUGAUAUUUGGGAAUAGGUGAGUUGUGAGACAUCAGAUUGUAGAUUUUGAACUUCACAAUACUUUAUAAAUAGCAUACCUUCUUUAUUUAA